AAAAAAGGUGCAUUUUUUCUCGCAUUCUCGGGAAGAAUAGCCGUUCGACAACUUUUUGUCACAUCCAGAAGAAAAGAGUCAGAAAUUUCAGGUAAAAACUACUGUCAAACGUCCAUAAUAAACCCAAAUCAAUUAAGUUUUUUUUUCGGAAUUCAUUCAAUCACUUGUUAGUGCGCAUCUUUCCGUGCUGCUACUCUGCAGCUGCCUUCUGAUUUCCUGGAAAUUCUACCUCUCUACUUACCUAUUCAAUUAUUCAUGGGUGCGAAGUUCUAAGCUUCUAUGGUUUACUGGUAGUAAUAGAAAUCUCCGUUGUGAUUCCUUACUGCCGUUAUUCAAGUGCUGCAAAUGGAAGAGUUCAAGCAGUACAAACCUCAGUCGUCACAAUUUUCUAUUCACAGGAAAAAAUAUGACGUUUUUCUGAGCUUUCGAGGUCCUGACGUGAGAAAAACAUUGGUGGAUCAUCUCUACCAAUCUCUCUCCACUGCAGGAGUUAAUGUUUUUCUAGAUAGUGAGAAACUGGAGAAGGGGGAAGAUAUUGGAAUGAAUCUGGAGCAGGCCAUUCAAGACUCUACCAUCUAUAUACCCAUAUUUUCUCCUGAUUACGCGACUUCAGCAUGGUGCCUCAAAGAAGUCUCUCUCAUGUGGAAGUUCAAAUUCAGUAGCACAGACCCUAUACUCAUGAUACCUCUUUUUUAUAAUGUUGAACCAUCUGAUGUCAGAUACGCUGACUGGAGGGUUCCAUACGCCGAGGCUUUCAAUAAACAUCGGACAAAAGGUAGGCAUAGCAAAGGGGAGAUCGAUGGAUGGACGGAUGCGCUGCAUCAGGUCUCUUGUCUAUCUGGGUGGUCUCUCGAGGAAACGUCCUUCGGGUUCGAAGGGAAGCUUGUGAAGCAAGUGGUGAAGGACAUUCUCCGGACAUUGGAUAUUGGAGUUUUAGAAGUGGCCAGACGCCCUGUGGGACUCAUUCCUCGCUGUGAGGAGGUCAUACAGUUGCUGAAACUGGGCAAUAAGGCAAGUGAUAGGCUCACCCUUGGUAUUUGGGGUAUUGGUGGUCUGGGUAAAACCACCCUGUCAAAAGCCCUUUAUAACAAGAUCCAUCACCUCUUUGAAGCUUCUUCUUUUGUAUCAAAUGUGAAAUUGCAGGGGUCCAUACAGGACCUUAAAAAAUUGCAACAACAGAUCCUCGGGGAUCUGUUGAAAAUGCAGCGAAAGGUGAAUGAUAUAGAUCAAGGAAAAAUUGUAAUGAGAAGUCAUUUGGCAUCCUUAAGAGCACUGGUGGUUUUGGACGAUGUUGACAAUGUGCGACAGUUGGAUGCUUUGAUAGGUGACUGGUUUGGAGAAGGUAGCAGAAUUAUCAUUACAACCCGAGAUAAACGUGUCUUGAAGGUGCGACAAGUUGAUGUGAUUUAUCCCAUGAGAGGACUUGAACUUGCUGAAGGUGUGGAGUUAUUCAGUUGGCAUGCCUUCCUCAGAGCCCACCCGGAGAGACGUUACCGAGAAACAACGGAGAAAAUUGUGAAAGCUUGUUCGGGUCUUCCUCUGUCCUUGGAGAUUAUAGGCACAGACCUAUAUGAUAGAAAUGACAUUAGAUAUUGGACUGAGGCUCUACGCAAACUUCAAAAUGUAGGCCACAAUUCUGUCUUUGAAACCCUCAAAAUCAGUUACGAUACUCUAGCGUCUGCAGAGAAGCACAUCUUUUUAGACAUAGCCUGCUUCUUCGUCAACCUCAAGAGCAGCAUCUUGAAUCAGAAUAGGGUCUUCAACAUGGAUUUUUAUGUAAGAUUCUGGAGUGUUUUAGGGUGCGAACCUGUGUAUACAAUUCUUAAAAAUCUUGAAGAGAAGGCACUCAUUGUAGUACAUGAGCACAUAUACAGCGAUGCCAUGGAUGAGGAUAUAGAUGAAGAGGACCACACAAAUCAUUACUUUUGUGCAUUUUCUAUGCAUGAGCAGAUUAGAGACAUGGGUAGACAAAUUGUCCUAGAGGAAUCGAAGAAGGAUCCAGCCAAACGCAGUAGAGUUUGGAGGGAGGAGGACAUACGUACACUAAUGACUUCUACUACAAUCCGGGAAAACUCAAGUGUAGAGGGCCUCAUGUGGAGAAAUCGUAUGAAGCUUCAGCAUAUAGACACUUCGGCAGCGAUGCAGAAAUUAGAUUUCUUGCUGUGGUGGAAAUUGGAAGUAAAGACAGAGAUAACAAGCCUACCGACAAACCUAAAAUAUUUGGUCUUAUCCGACUGUCAAAUAAAGGACUACAAUCCCCAGAUGGAUGGAGUAGAAAGCGGUAGUGAGGACAAUAGAUCAUCUGUCCUAUCCUCUGUUCUGCCUAAAUCCAUAGCGCAACUCAUGUAUCUGCGGUACCUUGAUAUGAGCGGUACUAAACAGACUUGUCUUCCAAAAGAAGUCUGUGAACUUCACUGCCUGGAAGAAUUAUAUUUAAGCAGAUGCAGUUUAAAGGCCCUGCCUGGAGAUUUUGGACAUCUUAUCAAGCUAAAGACCCUUGACAUAAGCAACAAUUUCUUGUCAGAAUUUCCACCAAGCUUUCAACAUCUGAAAGCUUUAGUAGAUCUAGAGAUGGCUUGGAAUGAACUUCUUGUAAAAUUUCCUGCUCUUCCAGAAGGGCUCGUUAGUCUCAAUGCCAGAAGGUGCUCAAAAUUGCAAAUAAUAUCUCUCAUGGAUCAUAUGUACUCAUUGAAGACUAUGGAUCUUUCUCACUGCAAAAAGCUUGCUCAAAUUCUGCAAUUGGAUUCGAGUUAUUAUUUGAGAUAUCUUAAUCUAGAUGGAUGUAAGCAACUUGUCAAAUUGGAUGGUCUUCCACGAAGGCUCGCAUCUUUACGCAUUUCAGGGUGCUCACAAUUGCAAAAAUUAUCCUUCGAAUCAUAUGUGACUUUGACAGCUCAGGGUGGUUCUCCUGAUAUGCGUACUUCUGAAUCUUCUGAUCAAACGCAAAGGCUAUGCAUGAUAGGCUGUGACAAAAUUCGACUGAAUAUUUACCGCUUGUUACAGGAUCUUAAAUAUCUAGCGCAACUGGACUUGUCGGUAACUCCUGCAGAGGAGUUGCUUGGUGAAACGCAACCUCUGGUAGGCCAAAAGUGCUUCAUAGUGCCAAGGGACGCUUCACCAAUAGUAGUUUCAGGCAGGUUCAUAGAAUGGGAAAAUUCAUCUGUAGCAGUCUUAUUUUGCUUUGUAUUUGACAGCAAUGAGAAUGUCCGUCUUCCAGAGAUGGAGGUGGUAAUAACAUUUAAUGGCGAUGACCAUCAGCGCUCAUUUUCUCAAACUUUCAAACUCCCUUCGCUCAGGAAUGAAGAUGGAAGCGGAAAAAAUAUCCUGCGAAUAUGCGUUUUGAAUGGGCGGCAUCCGAACGUGGGUUAUUACGGACAAUUUUUUAAAGGAGGUGAGAUAAUCAGAUGCUCGUACUGUGUACAGGAUCGAUUGUCUCAGCAAGAAAGUCCGGUGACACUGAGGCAAGUGGAAAUAUUUCUCUUGUCUAAGCAUGCCACUUCUUCAAAUGUCACACAGCUUCUGAAAAAGUGGAAAUUAUUGUCGGAUUCCGAUGAGUGUGAGGGCAGCGGCAGACAAUAUAGAGCAGCGGCAGACAAUAUAGAGCGGCAGCGGCUGGGUAUACCAGAUGAAAAGGACGAAUGUUUUAUAUUGUAGACAUUUGUCAUCUCGUAGUUAGCAUAUAUUUGGUAUGUGUAAAAUAGAAUAUAAAAUAGGGUACGCAAAAUAGAAUAUAAAAUAGGGUGAGUGGGAUAGAUCAUGUAGGAGAAGAAGAUUUGUUUUGUUAAAAAUAAAAUUGGUACAGAAGAUUGGAAGGAAUUUUUUUUAUUAGAUUAAUAUAAAUUUAUAUAUUUAUUAUUAUAAA